UUUGCACUUGGCUUCUAAACUCAGCACUGCUCCAGCCCUAGAAGUGCUCUUGGUAGUUAGUACACAGGCACAAAGAGCUUCAUCAAUUCCAGCCACCUCUAAAGGAUUCCAGGGAAGAUCUCAGCUGAUCGAAGAAGGUGCAUCACUCAGCAUCGAAAGGAGGUGUUUGCAUCGACUCUCCUGACAGGUUGGAGUGUUUCUUAUAUAAAUAACCAGGGAUAAAUCUCUUCCUUUAAAAUGUCAAAACAGCCAGCUUCGAAUGUUAGAAGCAUUCAGGCUAAUAUCAACAUCCCAAUGGGAGCCCUUUUACCUGGAGCAGGUCAGCCACCAAAAAGAAAAGAAUUUACUGAAGCUGAUGAGAGCCUUCCAGCUUCUUCAGAAGAGGAAAAGAAAAAGGUGCUCCCAGGAGCCAAGAAAUUACCUGGCCCAGCUGUAAACCUGUCAGAGAUCCAGAAUGUAAAGAGUGAGCUGAAAUUUGUCCCAAGAGCUGAACAGUAGUAACAGGAAUGAAAAGGUCUGCCAAGACGCAUAUGGAGAAGCUAAAUUGAUUGUAAUGAAGAAAGUUCACUGCAAUAGUUUAUAUAUUUAUAUGAUGAUUGUGAGCAUCCUAAAUACAAGAAAUGUCAUAGGAAUAUUUGCACAUUUAUGGACUUUCUUGUUACUGGUUUUGAUUACCGUAAAGCAUAUGGAUUAUAUUAGCUGUACCAAAGCAUACGUGUACAUAUACAUGAAGUGAAUUUGAUCAUACAAUUAGAGAUAAAUGUAGUAUUAUUUUGAAAGUAGAACUGAAAUAAAACAUUUUUACAGAAAACAA